CUACAACGGAGAUUUCAACCAGAAACCAAAACGAGAUUGAAAUAAAACAGAAUUCCAAACAGGAGCAGUUUGGAGAGAGAGAGAGAGAGAGAGAGAGGAAUGAAGGAAGAUGAAGAUGUAAGGAGGAAGAAAUCCUGGCAGUCGAAUUUCCAGAGAGAUCUGAUGGCGGGAGCGCUGAUGGGUGGUGUGGUCCACACCAUCGUGGCCCCCAUCGAGCGCGCCAAGCUCCUGCUGCAGACACAGGAGAGUAACGUCGCCAUUAUCGGAGGCAGAGGCGGAGGUGGUGAGACCCACCGCAGAUUCAAAGGGAUGAUAGACUGCAUCGUCAGGACCGUGAGGGAAGAGGGCAUCCUCUCUCUCUGGAGAGGAAAUGGCAGCAGCGUCCUUCGGUAUUACCCUUCCGUCGCUCUCAAUUUCUCCCUCAAGGAUCUUUACAGAACAAUGUUAAGGAGUGGAGAUGACCAUUUUCUGUCAGGGGCUCCUGCCAACUUCAUGGCAGGCGCUGCAGCAGGCUGUACGACGCUGGUCAUCAUCUACCCACUUGAUAUUGCUCACACGCGCCUUGCAGCAGACGUCGGCAGAACAGGCAUCCGCCAGUUUAGGGGCAUCAUCCACUUCCUCAACACCAUCUACAAAAAGGACGGAAUCAGGGGCAUCUAUAGAGGUCUUCCUGCUUCUCUACACGGGAUGAUCAUCCACCGCGGCCUAUACUUUGGGGGUUUCGACACUGCAAAAGAGAUGAUGUCAAAAGAGUCAAAUCCCAAUAUACCAUUAUGGAAGCGGUGGGUGAUGGCCCAGGCAGUUACUACAUCAGCAGGCCUGUUGUCUUACCCGUUGGAUACCGUGCGGAGGCGUAUAAUGAUGCAGUCAGGUUUGGAGCAACCAAUGUACCAAAGCACGCUAGAUUGUUGGAAGAAGAUUUACAGGAUGGAAGGGGUAGUGUCCUUCUACCGGGGAGCAGUUUCCAACAUGUUUAGGAGCACUGGAGCUGCGGCAAUCCUGGUCUUGUAUGAUGAGAUAAAAAAGGUCAUGAACUGGGGCAGAUUGUAGCAGAAAAUCAGUUGGGUUUCUAUUAAUUCAUUCAUGUCCAGAGGAAUCUUUGGUCAGUGUAGAUCAGAGGCAUUGAGAAGUCAAUAGCCUUUAGAGAGGAAGAAAAAAAAAAAGGCUACUAAACAGGGUUGGCGGCAAACAGGCUUUCCUCAUUGGGAUGUGCACCAUAUCAUAGGUAAGGUUGCUGCAGUUUUUCUUUUGGUUUCCACGACGAUAACAUUUGUUCUUGCUCUGUCCAACAAAGAGCAGUGAUUUUGUUCAAGUGAUUUUUUAUUUUUAUUUUUGGUCUUUACUUCCAUCAUGAUUGGUUUUCUAAUGUAAAGCAAAAGGAGGUGCUGAAAGGAAGUGAAGGUGACCAAAGUAGUGAGAUGAAAUCAUUGAAAGAUGUAGGAUGCCUGAGGCUGGAAUGAGCUUUUUCAGUUUUGUAUUCUUUCUUUUGUAUGAACCUAUAUCAUCUCCAAGGAAAUAGGAGGGUUAAGGUCUUUGCUAGCAACUCUGAAUUAAGGAAAGAAGGGAGUUAGUUGCUCUUCGGGAAAG